CAGGUGUGUAUCUGGUCUGAGAGUUUCACGUGCGUUUCAGUUGUGUUUGGAUGUGCUUCAGGUGUGUUUCUGGUCUGAGUGUGUUUCAUGUUGUUUCGCGCGCGUGUGUGUGGGUGUGUUUCAGGUCUGCUUGUGUUUCAGGUGUGUUUAGGAUGUCUUUGUGGUGUAUUUACGGUGUGUUUCAGGUGUAUGGGUGUAUGUUUCUCACAUGGUGUGUUCUCGGUGCAUCAGCUGUGUUCCUAUCCUCUCUUUGUGUGUGUUUCAGGUGUGUAUCAGCUGAAUGUGUGUGUUUCGGGUGUGUAUUAAUGUAUUGUAUCAUUCCUGUUUUUGUUUCACAGAUCUAUUUCCGGGUGAAAGUGAGCCUCAGGUGUGUAUGUGUGUGUGAGUUUGCUUGUUUGGAUGUGUGGGUGCAUGCAUGCGUGUGUGUGUUUUAUCCGUGUGUGUGUGUGUGUGAAUGAACACGGUCAGUAUUGGGGAGUACCAUGGGCUGCGGGUGGGCUCGGCCCUCCUCAGUAUCGUAUCCGGCUGCAUCAUCAUCGGCGUGUCUAAAGACUGUGACGCAGAUGCCGUGGGGGGAAUUUUCCUCGGAGCAGGAGGACUUGGUCUCCUGAUCUCCAUUUAUCCGUUUAUCAAAGCCUGGUUCAACAUCCAUCACAUUUUACCCAACAUCGGAAACUUCAGAGUCCAACCUAUGGCUCCAACGCCGGCCCCUGAACAGCCCUCUGACUCUCUCAGAAGAGAAGGGACUCUGGGUCAGCUGGAGCGCUCGAAGAGCCGCAUGGGGACGUUCGUGGAGGCGGGAGCUGCUGCCGCUGAGGGCUCGCAGGAAGACGGACCCUCUACAGAUGUUCCAGAUAUUUUGGGCAGGCGUAAACCCAAACUCUCAGAGGUGGACCUUCCAUAAACAUCUAAAGCUCAAACCAUCGACUGUGUGAAAGAACAGAGAGUAUUAUAAUAUAAGUUAGACUCAGGCCUACAAUUAAUAUCUGUGUUUGCGAGUGGAAGAAACAUGAAUGAGUUACGUAUUUUACUAGUAUGAACAUUAGGACCAUGAGAUGUGUCUUCCCUCCUGUUGUGUAUCAUCGCCCCAGGCCGUCUCUUUAGACUCCAGAUCAAAUGCAAAUGCGACAUUUAUUUAAAAAUCUCCAAUAUGUCUCAUUUCCAUUUCAGUGAUGAUCAAUAUAUACGCAAUCCUGAUGGAAGAUUUAAAACAAAUCAUUUUGACUCAGGCGGAACAGAAUGAUUGAGGACUUUAAUAGCUUUUAAAUGUGUGUUUAAAUGCUAAAAAUGCUAAAUUCUGGAGCAUGAGUAAAAUUUGGAUGACUACAAAUCAUUUGAAGUCAUUUGUAAUUUAAAAUGUUUCUGGAUGAUUCUAUGCUGUCAGGAAAUAAAAUAUUAUAGGCAACACACUUAAA